AUGCUCUUCACUCUCUUUCAAGCUCUAACGCUCUUGGUCAUCAGCGCCAUGGCACUAUCCCCACGAGACGCCAUUCACACAAACGAUAUCGAUCGAUAUGACACGUUUAUCAAAGAUUUGGAAUUGAUGGACGACCAUUUCCUCGACAUGUACUUGAACAACGGCACGGUCACUAUCGACGUCUAUCAACACCCUUCGAACGAUCUUACCAGAACCGAGCUUUUUGCUCCAAGCUCCAAUGCACAGCAAUACUUUGACCAAGAAAAGGCCGCUGCCGAUGAGAUCCUUGGAUCGGGAUCAGACUCCCAAGGCGACAAAUCUUUGGCAGAGCGAGGCCCAUGCGGCGCUGGCCCAGGACCGCAUCCCGACGCGAGAUCCGAGGAUUCUGUCGGCUUGGAGAAGCGGCGCUCAAACUGUUUUCAAUUCUGCGGCACAAUUGCCAACUGCCGCGGAAAUAAUGGGUGUCCACACUGCUACGCGGUUCGACAAGGCUGUCUUUGGCAGAAAUGGUGUCGCUGA